CAGUACCUCGGAGAGCGGCUGCGGGCAGGGCGCGCGGGAGCCGCCGCCGCCGCCGGUCGGGACCGCCGCCUCCCCCCGCUCUUCUGCCCCGCUGCGCUCCUCUCCUGCCCCUUCCCUCGCUCUUUCAGGAGCCCCCGGGGAGCUUUAGGAACCAGGCACCGGUGCACCGGUUCCCCUCAGCGCCGAGGGUGUCCGGUUCCCCUCCACACACACACACCGGGGCUCACGGCGACGGCACGAGGCUCGGUGACCGGGACGCGUGGGGAGGGCUGAAAGCGGAGCCCAUCACCUGGGGACCGGACAAGCGGUCGAGCCCGGGCGGCGGGGCUGGCUGAGGGGUUCUCUCCUAACCCGAGCGCCGUCCUGACGGAGCGGAGAGGCGCCUGGGGCGGGUGGGAGGUGAGGAAAGUGAGGGGUUCCCAUCCCCGGGGCGGGGAGAGAGGAGAGGGGAGAAAAUCGAGGGAGGCAGCGGCGGCUGGGGGUGGCAGGAGCCGCGGGAGGAGCUCAGUGGCGGGAGGAGAGAGAAUCCUCGCCUCCGAAACCCUGGAGGCACACAUCCCCCCGACAGAAAAGGGGUUGAGGGGGAAAGGAAAUUGAAUGUAGCCGAUUUUUUGUUAAAAUUAUCAAGUACCAAAGGCAAAUCUUAGGGAGAAAAAGGUAGAGAGAUGGAGCCUACUGUUUUGUAUGCCGGCUUGAUUUUUUUAUUUACUUUUCGCUUUUAACCACUGCUAAAUGUGGAUUUUGCCUGAGAACCCGGUGGCAGUGGUUCCCUUGUUCCUUGUUUGAACGUAAAACCUUAGUUCUGCUGCUCGUGGAAUUUUGUUUGUUGGUUUGGUUUUUUUUGUGUUUUUUGUUUUUUUGUUUUUUUUUUUUUUUUAAAGGAAAGGACCUUUUCCGGUCGCUUUUACGCCUGACAAAAUGAAGCCUUUGUGUUUUUCCAUCAAUUACACCUAAUAUUGACAUUCUGUUCGGUACAAGGGACUAAAGUGCUGCCUCACUCAGAGGACCAUUAAAGACUUUUCCUUCUGCUACAUGUAGCUGAACGUGCCACCACACAUCCUUUCUCCCCUCCCAAAUCUUCCCAAAGAUUUUUUUUUCCCCUUCCUCCCCCCCCCCAAAAUGAAGAAAUUUAAUUUUCGCAAAGUUUUGGAUGGUUUAACUGCCUCAUCCCCCGGUGGAAGCAGCAGCAGCAGCGGCAGUGGCGGUGGAAGCGGGGCUGGCGGUAGCUCCGCGCACCCAGGAGGGACUGCGGGAGCUGCAGGGACUCCCAGAGAGGAGGUCCAGGAGACGCUCACUUCAGAUUAUUUUCAGAUUUGUAAGACGGUUCGCCAUGGUUUUCCUUAUCUACCCACUGCCUUAGCUUUUGACCCAGUUCAGAAAAUUCUGGCAAUUGGAACAAGAACAGGAGCAAUACGAAUAUUGGGCAGGCCUGGUGUUGAUUGCUACUGCCAACAUGAAAGUGGUGCUGCGGUCCUGCAGCUCCAGUUCUUAAUCAAUGAGGGUGCUUUGGUCAGUGCAAGUGCAGAUGAUGCACUUCAUUUGUGGAAUCUCCGACAGAAACGACCAGCUAUCCUACAUUCUCUGAAAUUUAACAGAGAAAGGAUUACUUACUGUCACCUACCUUUCCAGAGUAAAUGGCUUUAUGUUGGAACAGAGAGGGGAAAUACACACAUUGUAAAUAUUGAGUCCUUCAUUCUUUCAGGAUAUGUUAUCAUGUGGAAUAAGGCAAUAGAACUAUCCACAAAGACUCACCCUGGGCCAGUUGUACAUUUAAGUGACAGCCCAAGAGAUGAGGGAAAACUACUGAUAGGCUAUGAAAAUGGGACUGUUGUAUUCUGGGACUUACGAUCUAAAAGAGCUGAUUUAAGAGCCUACUAUGAUGAGGCUAUUCAUUCUGUUGCUUGGCAUCAUGAAGGGAAACAGUUCAUGUGCAGUCACUCUGAUGGCAGCUUGACUCUAUGGAAUCUGAAAAGCCCUAACAGGCCAUUCCAGACCACGAUACCACAUGGAAAAAUUCAAAGAGAUGGAAAAAAAACUGAAUCUUGUAAACCAAUUCUUAAAGUAGAGUACAAGACUUGUAAAAACAGUGAACCAUUUGUGAUAUUUUCUGGUGGACUGUCAUAUGAUAAGGCUUGUCGAAGACCAAGUUUAACAAUCAUGCAUGGGAAAGCAAUUACAGUUCUUGAAAUGGAUCACCCUAUAGUUGAUUUUUUAACUCUGUGUGAAACGCCAUAUCCAAAUGAAUUUCAAGAACCCUAUGCUGUAGUUGUGCUUUUGGAAAAAGAUCUCAUUGUUGUUGACCUGACGCAAAGCAAUUUUCCAAUCUUUGAAAAUCCAUAUCCUAUUGACAUUCAUGAGUCACCUGUUACCUGCACAGAAUAUUUUGCGGACUGUCCUCCAGAUUUGAUUCCUGUACUCUAUUCUGUAGGAGCAAAACAUAAAAAGCAAGGAUGCAGCAAUAAGGAGUGGCCUAUCAGUGGUGGAGCAUGGAACCUUGGAGCUCAGACCUAUCCUGAAAUCAUUAUUACAGGCCAUGCAGAUGGAUCAGUAAAGUUUUGGGAUGCUUCUGCCAUUACCCUGCAGAUGUUGUACAAAUUAAAAACAUCAAAGGUCUUUGAAAAACAGAAACCAGGAGAAGGAAAAGCAACAGCUGAGAUUGUAGAAGAAGAUCCUUUCGCUGUUCAGAUGAUGUACUGGUGUCCUGAAAGCCGAAUUUUCUGUGUGGCAGGAGUUUCUGCAUAUGUGAUUGUUUACAGGUUCAGUAAACAUGAAGUAAAUACUGAAAUUGCAUCAUUAGAGGUACGACUUCAGUAUGAAGUAGAAGAUAUCAUUACUCCUGAACCGGAAAUAAUUCCUCCAUUUCCAGAUGCCUCCUCCCAGCUUCCUUCUUUAAAGAGCCUUUCAGGCAGUACCAACACUGUAGCAUGUGAAGGAACGAUGAAGGAUAGUAUCCCAUGUCUUAGCGUUAAGACGCGACCUGUGCGAAUGCCUCCUGGAUAUCAAGCAGAUCUGGUUAUUCAGUUGGUGUGGGUGGACGGUGAACCUCCACAACAGAUCACCAGUCUUGCUGUAAACUCUGCUUAUGGACUAGUGGCAUUUGGAAACUGCAAUGGUUUGGCCGUUGUGGACUUCAUGCAGAAGACAGUACUGCUGAGCAUGGGAACCCUUGACCUAUAUGGAUCAAGUGAUCCAUACCAGCGUCAACCACGUUCACCUCGCAAAAGCAAGCAGUUUGCUGCAGACAACUUUUGCAUGCGUGGCCUGUCUAACUUUUAUCCAGAUUUAACGAAACGGAUCCGUACUUCCUAUCAGAGCCUGACUGAACUCAGUGACAGUCCAGUUUCCCUGGAGCUAGAGCGUUGCAAGUCUCCCACUUCAGAUCAUGUGAAUGGUCACUGUACAAGUCCAACAUCCCAGAGCUGCAGUUCAGGAAAAAGGCUUUCUAGUGCAGACGUCUCAAAAGCAAAUCGCCGAGGGCCUGGGAGGCCCCCCUUCAGAAAAGCACAGUCUGCAGCCUGCAUGGAGAUUUCUCUCCCAGUCACAACAGAAGAAAAUAGGGAAAACUCUUUCAGCCGUUCCCGAAGCUCCAGCGUGUCCAGUAUCGACAAGGACUCAAAGGAGGCAAUCACUGCUUUGUACUUCAUGGAGUCCUUUGCCCGAAAGAAUGACUCUGCUGUCUCCCCAUGUCUCUGGGUUGGAACAGGCCUUGGUAUGGUCUUAAUCCUCUCCCUUAAUCUGCCUGCUAGUGACGACUUGCGGCAGUCAGAGCCAGUCAUGGUGUCGCCAAGUGGCACAGUUCUGACACUGAAAGGAGCCGUGCUGACCUUUGCUUGCUUGGACUGCAUGGGGACAUUGACGCAUCCACCAUAUGAAGUAUGGAGAGACCCACACAGUGCUGAUGAUGGUGAAAAAACAAGGAAAAGGAAACUUGUCAUGCAUUCCCCUUCCUCCUCCCAGGAUAUGGGUGAUCAUCAAUUUGCAGUCAUCUGUUCAGAAAAACAAGCCAAAGUCUUCUCAUUGCCUUCCCAAUCAUGUCUUUAUGUCCACAACAUCACCGAAACGUCCUUUUUAUUGCGAGCAGAUGUGGUCACCCUCUGUAACAGCGUCUGUCUGGCGUGCUUUUGUGCCAAUGGGCACAUCAUGACUCUGAGCUUGCCCAGCCUUCGCCCUCUGCUCGACAUGAACUAUUUGCCUGUGACAGACAUGAGGAUAGCACGGACCUUUUGUUUCAGUAACGAAGGGCAAGCUCUGUACCUCAGCUCUCCCACAGAGAUCCAACGUCUGACGUACAGCCAAGAGAUGUGUGACAAUCUGCAGGACAUGCUUGGAGAUUUGUUUACUCCUGUGGAAACGCCAGAAGCCCAAAACAGAGGCUUCCUCAAAGGACUUUUUGGAGGAAGUGGACAAGCUUUUGACAGAGAGGAACUUUUUGGUGAGGCCACGGCAGGAAAAGCCUCUCGGAGUCUCGCUCAGCACAUCCCUGGAUCAGGUGGAAUUGAAGGCGUGAGAGGAGCUGCAGGAGGAGUCAUUGGGGACUUGACUCGUGCACGCAUUGCCCUUGAUGAGAGAGGACAGAAACUGGGAGAACUGGAUGAAAAGACUGCCAGCAUGAUGGCGAGCGCUGAGGCAUUUUCCAAACAUGCACACGAGGUGAUGCUGAAAUACAAGGACAAAAAGUGGUACCAGUUCUAGACUUUCAAAGCAGCUGCUUGUGGCUUUAUUAAGAACACUGUUCAGGGAAGCAACACUCAUUCCCAAACCUACCAGUCACUGGCCAGAGACAGUUUUUUCUCCUAGAAGAUGUUUCCCUCCUAGUGUUAUUGGAUUCAUCAACGGUGGGAGUCAAGGAGAAACUUCACAGAUGAUAAGAUGGAAGCUGGAAUCCUGUGGGUCUUAUUUCUACUGCUGGCUUAUGCAGUAGCCAAUGUUUUUCCAAGAGGAACUCUACUAUCACUGUGGCAUGUAGUUUUUCAGAAGCUGUAGGUAUGAACUGCGGGGAGGGCAUCUGGUUAAAAAUAAUUCUGUACAAACUCGAAUGUUAAUGCACUUAUAAAACUUUGCAUGACUAAUUGACAUCUUAAAAAAAAAAAAAAUGAGAGAAAAAGAAAGCAUGUUGUGACCGAAGAAAAAUGGGAUUUAUUUCUAUUCUUAGCAAAAAAAAAGAAAAUACUUAAAUGGCAAAAACCUUUAUUUUCUAAAAGUGACAUUACAAAAAAACAGUACAUUUCAAGCAUGUUUGCUACCAUUCCCAACAUAAAAAUCAGUUGAGCUGCAUUAUCCUAUCUAUUUAUUUUCCUUGAAAAACCUUGCUUGAAAUGAGUGUUGUUUAACUCCCACCAGAAGAAUAAAUAACUUCAAACUCCUAUGCCCCAAAUUUACAAGUAGCUAGACAGGCAGUAUUUGAGAUGUCAUUAAAACAUGAGCAUAGAUGGUUUAUUUGCAAUUCAGAGCACAUUACACGUCAUCAUUUUGUGUUUUGAAAUGUGCUCUGAAUUCCUCCUGUUGCCCUUGAAGGGGUCCAUGGCACUUUUCAUCCCUGUGGUGUCUGCAUCACUUGGUUGCCUUAUUUCUCGGUAGCAGGAAUAGAAAAACAGCUUAGGAAAUUGCUCCUUCAUAUUAGGAAAGGCAAGAUGGGAAACCACAGGGCUACAAGUUGGAGAGGACUGUCGAGUUCUGCUCCCAGAAGCUGCUUAGCAGUUUGCACAGCAGUGGUUUUUCUGAAGCACCCAGCUGAAAUGAUGCCAAGGAAACCGCACGGUAACCCCGCUAAAGCUGGGGGAGAGGGAUCACAACAGCAACACUAAACAAUGGGCCAGGGGAAGAGCAUGAAAAACAAUGGUCAACAUAUGGCACUGAAUUGGCACAGAUAUAAAAUGACACCAUGGGCAGGCGAGUGGCAAGUGAUUUUUUUUUUGUUGUUUUGCUCACACUGCUAAAAGUAAUUUGCUUCUGCUUCAAAGUAGCUUCUUUGGUUUCCACAGUGAAGCAACCUGCAGCAGAGAAGAGAACAGUAAGCAGAACCUAUUACAUGACUACAGAAAUAAAGUCCCAAGUCAAGGAGUGUGCUGCAGUCACAGCAGCCAAUGAAAGUCUCACUGCCACUUAGGUCUACUGUUAGGUUAGAAAUUUUUCCAAGACUGGCUUGGAAACAAGGCACUGAAGGUUAUUUUCAUACACCUGAACGUAGUUUCAAAUUGGAAAAGGAAGGAGAGGAAAAGGUGGAAAAAGCAGCACUUAAAAAUUUUCUACAUGAGAGGAGUAGCAUCCUCUGUCCAUCCAAGGAGUCCUGACGGACACUGAU